CUCAACAAUUUUGUAAAUAAUUUAUAGUUUGUACCUAUUACUUUUGGUCUUUGGAGGUAAAUUAAUUAGACAAUGGCUCAAAGAUGUAACGGGUUUGAAGACGUUUCAAGGUAUGGCGAUAUUAAUGUUUCCGAGCAGCUGGCAGAUUUUGAAAAAUUACGUGUUUCUGCCCUAAAGAACGCUGCAGAAAUAAGUCAUCUAGUAACAGAAGUAACAAUAGGACCUAACAGAAGUGAAAAACCAAAAAAGGAAAACAUGGCCCCUGUAGAUAGCACCAAAAUAUCAGAUUUAAUUGUUGACAAAUUCGGUGAAGACCUCCGCUACACGUUACGUUUAAAAAAAUGUGAAGCUCAAUUGCAGGAGAAUUCUGAAGAUUUAUUCAAAAACUUAGUUGAAAAAGUGAUCACUGCCUAUACAGAUUCAACACAUAGGUACUGGAAAAAACAAAGUGAUAAAUGGAAAGGAAAAUCAUUAGAGUUAAGAGCAAAAAAACUACAGAUGGUGAAGCAAUUGCAAGAAAACGACAAUCUUAAUAUUUUAGAAAAAACAAAAUUAGAUGAGAAAAAGUGUCAAAUUAUUAAUUCCCAGACUAUUGAAAACAUGAAUAGAAUUUUAGAUGAACAAAACAAAGCAACAGCACGCUUUGCGGCAAUAACAGACAGCUAUACAAAAGUCUGCUUUUGUUACAACGAAAUAUUGUCACUGGCUCAAAAUGACACAGUAGCUAAACAAGUAUUUGAGAAAUAUCUGCAAGAGAUAAACAAUGUCAUUGCCAAUAUUAAGAGCAUCAUGGACUUUUGUGAAAAUGCCACCAUAUCGGAACAAGAAGUUUCUCAGGCUGAGGUAGAGUAUAAAAACAUUAAUAAAAUUAAACAUAGUAUUUUGAGGGAUAUAGAAGCUGUGCAACAACAGGAGCAAAUAUUACGUCAAAAGAAAGAGGAUGAAAUGAAAAAACAAAUAGAAGAGCAAAGGAUAAAGGAAGAAAAUGCAGCACAUUCUGCUAAGCUCCAAAUGGAAGAAAGUAAAAAAAUGCAUCAAACAUUUUAUUCUGAAAAAAAUUAUGCAUACUACAUUGAACUUGAUAGCUUCCUAAAUAAUUAUGAACUCAAAUAUAAGAACCUUUUAGAAAAUACUAGUUUAAAAAAGUUUAGGUUUGAUUGUCAGAAAGCUGUAAACACUCCCGUUAAUGCCUUGUCGUCAGUCAGCGGCACUCAUAUAAGGGACAAAUACACAAAGUUAGCUAAAUUAUUGAACGGUGAAAGAGUUCAAGUGCUGGACACAUAUGUUAACGCAUCUGAGAAUCCCCAGGGGGUAUUCUAUUGUACUGCAUUGUUGGCCAAGAAGAUUGUAAGACAGGGAGAACUUUUGGUCUCCAGCAAUCCAGAAGCAGCAUUUCCUCUUGCCGCUUUAACUGUAGCGCUGUGGUCACAAUUCCCAGAAUUUGGGAAAUUACUAGAAGCAUAUUUCCACAGGUACUGUCCUUACCUAGUUCCGAUGCUGCUACCACAAAAGGAGGGGCAGAGUGACAAGGACUUUUAUAUAUCUAGAGGUUACACUUACAAUGAUGAGGGUGUUGUUGAGAAGCAAGAUAAAUUCCUAAGAAGAAUGUCUGGUAUAUUUAGAUUACGCAGUGCCAUUUGGAUUGCAAAAACACCCAGAUUUUUAAAUGCUGCAAACCCUAACGGCUUACGAUACGGGUGGCAAUGGCUUGCAUCAUUUAUCAACUUAAAAGCAGAGCCAGAUAUUUGUGCGACACUAAUCUUAGAUUUCUUCACAGUUUGUGGCUCAGAAUUCUACAAAACCUACGGAAAACAAUGUGUAAAAAUGAUAAAAGUCAUAAGCACAGAGUAUAUGGCGAUUCUUGGAAAGAUUGAUGAGGGUGGACCCAAGACAAGACUUGAGCUGUUCCUUCAGAAUGUUUUAAAAACAGGCCACAUAGAGCCUCCAAAAGGUCAACUGCCGCAAAAUACCUGGUAAUGAAAUUGUCUUUAUUGUUACACUAGAUAUUAUUG